AAUCAAUCGAUACGCGGCGUCCGUGGAAUCCCCAUUCAGUUGCCGGGUGUCGGUCCUCUCGACAGCCAACUUUAGCCACUACUCGCUCGGUAACAGGGACAGAGUAACCGGUUGCCCAAGAUGAUUCAAUUAAAGACGAUGCUCAACUGCAUCGACAACUCGGGUGCUGCCCUGGUGGAAUGCGCCAUGGUUGUCGGCCAAAAGAGGCAUGCUUCUAUUGGCGACCGCAUAGUAGUAGUCGUCCAAAAACAGCGCGGCGCCGACUCGGCCGGUAUGGCCGCCUCUUCGGCCGCCACCAAAGUGAAGCGCGGCGACAUCCGCCACGCCGUGGUAGUGCGCACCAAGCAAAAAGUCCAGCGACGCGAUGGUUCGGUCGUCCGGUUCGACGAUAACGCCUGUGUCUUGAUCAACAAGGCCGGCGACCCGAUCGGAUCGCGCAUCAAUGGGGUUGUGGGCCAGGAACUGCGAAAGAAAAAGUGGAGCAAGAUAUUGAGCAUGGCGCCUAUGCAGGCUUGAUUGAUUGAUCAUGGGGAUAAAUGUACGAUGGAUGAGCGAGAAUCAAGAUGGAAUGAAUAUGAAUACCCUGCUGGGUGGGAUGUGUCAUUGUGGUGACUGGUGACCUUGUGGAUAUUUUGGGUGUUGGCUCAGCUUGGGUUGGCUGUGCUGCGGUAAUGACUGACGAGGAG